GACACGGUCGUAAAUCCGCCAUCUUCCUGCGGCGCGUUGCGACAUGGAGGGCGCGAUGGCAGUGCGGGUGACGGCCGCUCAUACGGCAGAAGCCCGGGCCGAAGCCGGGUGUGAAGCGGGCGAGGGCGGGGUCGCAGCAGCGGCUUUGGCUCCAGGCGGCUUUCUCGGCCUCUCAGCGCCCUUCAGCGAGGAAGAUGAGGAUGAUGUGCAUAGAUGUGGCCGCUGCCAGGUGGAAUUCACUGCCUUGGAAGAUUUUGUUCAGCACAAGAUUCAGAAGGCCUGCCAGCGGGCCCCACAGGAGGCUCUGCCUACCACCCCUGCCACAACUGCACUGCUGGGCCAGGAGGUGGUGCCAGCAGCAGCAGGCCCAGAAGAGCCCAUCACCGUGGCCCACAUUGUGGUGGAGGCAGCCUCUCUAGCAGCAGAUAUCAGCCACGCUCCUGACCUUGUUGGCAGUGGGCACAUCAAAGAGGUCAUUGUGGCUGCUGAGGCAGAGCCAGGGAACAACGAGAUGGCUGAGGCCCCAGGCAGUCCCAACCAUCAGGGGCUCGGGCUUGCUGGGGAGGGCGAGCAGGCCCAAGUCAAGCUGCUGGUGAACAAGGAAGGCCGCUACGUGUGCAUGCUGUGUCACAAGACCUUCAAAACGGGCAGCAUCCUCAAGGCCCACAUGGUCACCCACAGCAGCCGCAAGGACCACGAGUGCAAGCUCUGCGGGGCCUCCUUUCGGACCAAGGGCUCACUCAUCCGGCACCACCGACGGCACACUGAUGAGCGCCCCUACAAGUGCACCAAGUGCGGGAAGAGCUUUCGGGAAUCGGGUGCGCUGACCCGUCACCUCAAGUCUCUCACCCCAUGCACAGAGAAAAUCCGCUUCAGCAUGAGCAAGGAUGUGGUUGUGGGCAAAGAGGACGUAUCUGCAGGGUCAGGCACCUCCACCGUGGGGCCGGUUACUUCAUCAUCAGUGACAGGCGAAUCCAUGGAGACAUCACCUGUGAUUCACCUGGUGACAGAUGCCAAGGGCACCGUCAUCCAUGAAGUCCAUGUCCAGAUGCAGGAGCUGCCCCUGGGCAUGAAAGCUUUGGCUCCAGAGCCCCCAGCUCCUGAGGAGCUUCCCUGUUCUCGUGAGGGCAGUCGUGAAAACCUGCUGCAUCAGGCCAUGCAGAACUCUGGCAUUGUUCUUGAGAGAGUUGCUGGGGAGGAGGGUGCCCUGGAAGCAGCCCCUGCCUCUGAGUCCAGUCCACAGCCCCUGGGAGAUAGAUCCCCGGAAUUGCCACUGCUGGAAGUGGAGCCGAUGGAGACACAGAUGUCCAGCGAGGCUUCCACUGUGCCCAAGACCCACCCAUGCCCUCAAUGCAGUGAGACCUUCCCAACAGCAGCCACCCUGGAGGCCCAUAAGAGAGGCCAUGCAGGGCCAAGGCCCUUCCCCUGUGUGCAGUGUGGCAAGGCCUUCCCCAAGGCCUAUCUACUCAGGAAGCACCAGGAGGCGCACGUGCACGAGCGCCGCUUCCGCUGCGGGGACUGCGGGAAGCUCUACAAGACCGUUGCCCACGUGCGCGGCCACCGGCGCGUCCAUUCAGAUGAGAGGCCCUUCCCUUGUCCCCAGUGUGGCAAGCGCUACAAGACAAAGAAUGCCCAGCAAGUGCACUUCCGAACACACUUGGAGGAGAAGCCACAUGUGUGCCAAUUCUGUAGCCGAGGAUUCCGGGAGAAAGGCUCAUUGGUGCGGCAUGUGCGGCAUCACACAGGCGAGAAGCCCUUCAAAUGCUACAAGUGUGGCCGUGGUUUUGCUGAGCAUGGCACACUUAACCGGCACCUGCGCACCAAAGGGGGUUGCCUUCUGGAGGUGGAAGAGGUGCUGGUGUCAGAAGAGAGCCCCUCAGCAGCUGCCACCGUGCUUGAGGAGGACCCCCACACAGUGCUGGUAGAGUUCUCAUCUGUGGUGGCCGAUACCCAGGAGUACAUCAUCGAGGCCACUGCAGAUGACACAGAGACCACUGAAGCCACAGAGAUCAUUGAGGGCACCCAGACAGAGGUGGACAGCCACAUCAUGAAGGUGGUGCAGCAGAUUGUGCACCAGGCCAGCGCUGGGCACCAGAUCAUCGUGCAGAAUGUGACCAUGGACCAGGAGGCAGGACUGGGUCCAGAGGCAGCUGCUGCAGACACGAUCACCAUCGCCACCCCCGAGAGCCUGACUGAGCAGGUGGCCAUGACACUGGCCUCAGCCAUCAGUGAGGGUACUGUGCUUGCGGCUCGUACAGGUGCAAACGGCACUGAACAGGCUACUGUAACAAUGGUGUCAUCAGAGGACAUUGAGAUCCUUGAGCAUGCAGGCGAGCUGGUCAUUGCCUCACCAGAGGGCCAGCUUGAGGUACAGACGGUCAUCGUCUAGCAUGGGACCUGUGGGGUCCCAGCUAGGCUGGGAAAGGGACAGGGUUAUCCUUAUACUGGUCCCGACCUGAGUGCCCAGGACUGCCUGGCCUGGUAGAGAAGACUGCCCAGAAUUUCAGGUGUUCAAAUCAGAUGGGGAAUGUAAAUAUGUGGUUUUUGUUUCUUUACAAUAAAACAUGAAUAAAAUAUGUAGCUUGUGA